AUGGCCACCGUCCUCAAGGUCCCUCUGGCUUCCCCCACCCCUGACAGCCAGCCCAGGCCCCAAGCGGCGCUUACGGCUGACCAGCAGGAAAAGUACAACUCGUUGCUCGAGCAAGUCAAGAACUGGAAGGAAGUCCCAGCGGCUGAAGGCAAGGCCGGUCCCCUCACCCACAGAGAGAAGUUCUGGUUGACUCGGGAAUGUCUUCUCCGCUUCCUGCGCGCAACGAAAUGGAAUCAAAAGGAGGCUGAGAAACGCAUCCUGGGCACGCUUACGUGGAGGAGAGAGUACGGUGUCGAGGAGUUGACCGCGGAUCACAUCUCGCCCGAGAACGAGACUGGAAAGCAGAUUAUCUUGGGCUACGACAAGGAGGGCCGCGUCUGCCAUUACCUGAACCCCGGCCGCCAGAACACCGAGGCCUCUCCUCGCCAAGUUCAGCACCUCGUCUUCAUGCUCGAGCGCGUUAUCGAGCUUAUGCCGCCCCAGGUUGAGACUCUGUCUCUGCUCAUCAACUUCAAGUCGAGCAAGUCCAGGUCGAACACGGCUCCCGGACUCGGUCUGGCUCGCGAAGUUCUUAACAUCCUUCAGAACCACUACCCCGAAAGACUCGGACGCGCUCUCAUUAUCAACGUUCCCUGGAUUGUCAACGGCUUCUUCAAGCUCAUUACUCCCUUCAUCGAUCCUAACACCCGCGAGAAGCUCAAGUUCAACGAGGACAUGAAGAAGUACGUCCCCGCCGAGCAGCUCUGGACCGAGUUCAACGGCACUCUCGAGUUCGACUACGAUCACGCCACCUACUGGCCCGCCCUGCAGAAGAUGUGCGCCGAGAAGCGUGAGGCCAAGUACCAGCGCUGGGUUUCCGGUGGCCAGCAGAUUGGCGAGUUGGAGGAUUUCAUCACUGGUCAUGCCCAGGUUGGUGUUGCCGGUCCUGUUGCCGCUGCCACCUCUGCUCCCGAGCCCACUCCUGCCGCAUCUGCGCCUGCGCUGGCUGCUGAGUCUGAGGCGGUCACUGCUCUCGCUCCCCCUCCCGCUGCUGCCCCUGUACCAACGACCACGGAGGCUCCCAAGGAGGCGCCAGCACCGGCCCCCGAGUCUGCUGCUAUUCCAGAACCGACUCCUGCGGCGGCGCCUGUGGAGGAGAAGAAAGAAGAGGAAAAGCCAACGGUUGUCGCGCCAACUGAGGUUGGGGAGACCACUGCUUAG